CCAAAUCCACCCUGCACCCGGUCCAUACACCCCCAAGCCUUCCUUCCCCCGUACAACCGCCGCCGCCGCCGCCGCUUCUUCUUCUUCCCCCCUCUCCACCCUAGGGUUCCUCCCACCACCGCCGGCAAAACCCUCCAAUCCCCGACCCCAAACCCGCCUCCUCCCUCCCUCGCGACCGCCCCGCCUUCGAAUCGGAUCCGAUGGAGCCGCCGCGGCUGACGGAGGGGGCGGUGAAGCAGCUGUCGGAGCACCCCCACGGGGCCGGCACCAUCUUCCCGGUGGUGCAGGUAGGGGACGUGAAGAUCGUCAACACCAAGGGCGGCCCGCAGCAGCAGUCGGAGCGCUACCGCAUGCUCAUCUCCGACGGGGUCAACUCGCAGCAGUCCAUGCUCGCCACCCCGCUCAACGCCCUCGUCAAGGAUGGCACGCUCCGCGCCGGCUCCAUCGUCCACCUCGUCGAGACCAUGUGCAACACCAUCCAGAACCGCAGGAUCAUUAUUGUUACCAAACUUGAUGUUCUGCAAACUGAGUGCCCCAUGAUUGGGACGCCGAAGAUGUGUCAGAUGAAAAUCUUACCUCAAGAACAGGAGCCUAACUUACCAGCCAGUGCUGCUCAAACAUAUAGUGGAAGCUAUUCUGGUAACCCAGGCAUGCUGGGCUCUUCUGUUGCUCCGAUGGUGGAGCAGGCUGCUAACAGUCUUUCAUAUGGUGGACCCUACAAAGGCAUUCAUGGCACAGUAGGCUCUUCUAUUGGUCGGGCAGUCGAACCUGGUCCUAACAAUGUGCUGUCAGGUGGAUCUUAUGGUACAGUGCCAGCACAGAACACAAUGAAUGCCAAUGUGGUGCAGCCAGACUCUCAGCUGCCUUUACUGAGCUCUCAUCAAAACCAGAGGUUUGCGAUACCCGGGGCAGGUCGGGGCUUUGGUCCUCCUGGUAAUAUUUAUGGGCGUCCUGCUCAGCCUUCGUAUCAGCAGCCACCUCCAGCAUAUAGGAAUAGUGGCCCAGUUGCUAAGAAUGAAGCUCCUCCCCGUGUUACUCCGAUUUCUGCGUUGAACCCGUACCAAACUACAUGGACGAUAAAGGCUAGGGUGACUGCGAAGUCUCGUGUCACUCAUUUUAUCAAUGCUUCAGGUCCAGGAACAGUCUUCAACUUUGAUCUUCUUGAUGCACAUGGUGGUGAAAUUCGUGCAAAAUGCUUUAAGGCGGCAGUUGAUCAGUUCUACAAUCUAAUUGAGGUUGAUAAGGUGUACUUGAUAUCUAGAGGGGCGAUAAGACCCGCACAGAAGAAGUUUAACCCUUUGAACAAUGACUAUGAUUUGACUCUGGACGUGUCAACAUCUAUAGAAAUUUGUUCUGGUGAUGAUAGCAGCAUCCCUAGGCAGCAGUUCAAUUUCCGACAGAUCAGUGAAAUAGCAAACAUGGAUGGAGGAUCCAUGGUAGAUUUGCUUGGGGUUGUUACAUCAGUUAGCCCUACUGUUCCACUAAUGAAGAAGGAUGGCAAUGAAACUAAGAAAAGAAACCUUCAGCUGAAGGACAUGUCUGGUUGCAGCGUGGAAAUAACCUUUUGGGGGGACUUCUGUGAUGCUGAAGGUCAGCAGCUGCAGUCACUGUGCGAUUCUGGAUCAAGUCCAAUGCUUGUCCUGAAAAGUGGUCGUGUCAAUGACUUCAACGGCAAAUCUGUGGGCACAAUCAGCUCAAGCUUGAUAAAAAUAAAUCCGGAUUUUCCUGAUGCAGAAAGGCUGAGGCAGUGGUAUAUAACUGAAGGAAAAAAUGCUGCUUGCAGUUCUUUAUCUGUGGCAACCAUGGGCAGGACUGAUGUUCGAAAAACUAUUGCAGAGAUCAAGGGUGAAAAUCUGGGGCAAUCAGAUAAGCCUGCUUGGAUCACGGUUAUUGGUUCGAUUUUUCACAUUGCCAAUGACCCUUUUUGUUAUCCAGCUUGCACAAUGCAGGUUAAUGGUAGGCAGUGCAACAAAAAGGUCACAAAUAAUGGUGACGGGAUGUGGUAUUGUGAUAAAUGCGAGCAGAGUUCUCCAAACUGUGAGUAUAGGUACUUGCUAAAUUGUCAGAUGCAGGAUCACACCGGUUCUACCUAUUGCAAUGCAUUCCAAGAGGCUGGCAAGGAUAUUAUUGGUGUCACCGCGCAAGAGCUUUUCAGGAUAAAACAUGAAGAACAAGAUGAUGUACAAUUUGCAGAAAUCAUGCAGCGGGCCCGUCAUCAGCUAUUUCUGUUAAAGUUGAAAGUCAAGGAAGAAAUCUACAAUGACGAGGCACGUGUGAAAUACACCAUUUUUAAGGCUGAAAAAUUGGACGACCCACGUUUUCUUCUUGGAAUAAUUGAUAGACUUUUGGUGGAGGAUGACGCGGGUUCCACACCUGGUGUGAAUCACGCUGCUGCUGCUAACGCUGGUUUUACCAACUCUGAAGCUGGACAGAGUGUGGUAACUUCCAACAAUACCUAUGCCAUGAACAUGGGUGGCCCAAAUCAGUUUGGGCAGCAAGCAAGUUUAUCUGCCAGGGUGCCUACCACAUCACGAGCAACACGGUAUGCGCAGACUUGCAGUGUUUGUGGUUCCAAUGGGCAUAAUGCACAGAACUGCCCUGCAACCAUGGAUGAUAUGCAUCAACCAGCACCAAGUGUGGGCUUCACUGCUAGUUCAUAUGGCUCUUCAGCUGGCGGCAACGCCAGCUCAGGCUUGUGCUUCAAAUGUAAUCAGCCUGGGCACUUCUCUAGAGAUUGUCCAGGGCUGACUACCUCCUACGGCAAUUCAGCCGUCAACGCCAAUGCCAGCUCUAACCUGUGCUUCAAGUGUAAUCAGCCUGGGCACUAUUCUCGAGACUGCCCAGCGCAGGGUAGCUCCUACCCCUCUUCAGCUGGGGGCAACAGCGGUGCGAAUCUGUGCUUCAAGUGUAAUCAACCGGGGCACUACGCUAGGGACUGUCCGGCACAGGCAGCUGGUGCACCCCAGCACCCAGCGUAUGGGAAUAAUGCCUCCGCCGCAUCAGGAGGAUACAGCAGGCAGUAUGUUGGUAGCUUCUGAACUAUUUUGGCCGGUCAAGUUACAUCUUGAUAUGGUUUAGCUGCGCAUGCAUUUUGUAUAGUUGUUAAAUCUUCCUUUUCUGUUUGCAUGGCUUCUCCAGUGUUUACUGGGGUGUCUGGGUCUGUACCUUGUGCUGCUACGUUAUAAGUCUUCUUUUUUUAUUAAUCUUUUUAUGUUAAGCAUGUUUUUUCCCCCAUCUGUUCCAAUUCCUUAUUAAGCUAGUAAGCUGGAUCUUAUUUGUAGUAUAUCUCUGUAUAUCCAUACCUUCAAAAUGGUAGCUCCUCCAUUCUAUUACUACAUGCAGUGAAGCUUGUGUCUCUGGCUGUAAAAUUGAAAAGGGACUCUUCAGCUUCAAAGAUUGAAUGUUUCUGAUUC